AUGGAUAUGCAGCAGCAGAGCGGACAGGUCGUGUCUUAUCGUGUCACACUGAACAACAAAACGGAAUCCGAUGAGGAACAAGAUGCGCUACUCAAGGCCUGUCAUAAGCGCUGCGCCGAGCGCACCUUACGGGUGCUCGAAAAGAACGGGUCAAUAUUUAUCAAACUUGGACAACAUUUGAGCAGCAUGAACUAUCUGCUUCCGCUAGAAUGGACCACGACAUUCGUCCCCCUUCAAGACAAAUGCCCCGUUUCUUCCCUAGAGUCAAUCGAAGAAAUGUUUCAAAAGGACACGGGGAAGUCGAUAUCGGAGCAUUUCUCGUAUUUCGCACCGGAACCGAUCGGCGCUGCAUCAUUAGCUCAAGUACAUUUGGCAACGGUCAGGGAGACUGGACAGCAAGUUGCAGUCAAAGUUCAACAUCCGGCUUUGGAGGAAUGGGUGCCACUAGAUUUGGCUCUUAUGUCGUUUUCUUUCCGAACCCUAAAACGCUUUUUCCCCGAGUACGAUCUCGAAUGGCUCUCAGAAGAGACGGGGGUUUCCCUUCCGCAGGAGCUAGACUUCACCAAAGAAGGGUACAAUGCUACCAGAGCGAGAAAACACUUUCAGAAUAUCCCAAGUAUACCGGUUAUCAUUCCGGAAGUAUUAUGGAGCCAGAAACGAAUUCUCGUAAUGGAAAAUGUCUCUGGUCGCAGGCCAGAUGAUUUGGAGUUUCUCGAUUCGAACGGAAUUGAUCGCGACGAGGUAUCAGCAGCGCUUUCUCACCUCUUCAACGAGAUGAUCUUUGGUGAAAAUGCUCCGUUGCACUGUGAUCCGCACAGCGGCAAUAUUGCGAUUCGGAAGAAUGAGACAAGAAGAAGGCCAAACUUUGACAUAAUCCUAUACGAUCACGGACUGUAUCGAGAUAUUCCUCUACAGAUGCGACGAGCUUAUGCAAAGCUCUGGCUUGCCGUUAUCGACGCAGACGAAAAGAAGAUGCGCCAAUACGCCUAUGAGGUCGCAGGAAUUACAGACGAGCAGUUUCCUUUGUUUGCCAGCGCUAUUACUGGCCGGGACUACAAAGUGCUUACAAAGUCGGUGGCUUUGCCUCGCUCGGCGCAAGAAAAGGACAACAUUUCGGACGCGCUGGGCGACGGCAUGCUACAGCAACUUGUUCAAUUACUGGGACAAGUACCGCGGAUUAUUUUGCUUAUUCUCAAGACCAACGAUUUGACUCGAAGUUUGGACGAAAAUCUACACACGAGGCAGGGCCCUAUCCGCACAUUUUUGAUUUUAGCUCGAUACUGUUCCCGCACCGUGUUCCAGGAAAAGAUGGAACAGCUUCAUGCCAGUGGAAGCAUUUUCUGGCCUCAUAACCUAUUUAGACUUUUCGGGGCUUGGGCGACGUACAUGAGGGUUGAACUCAAGCUGUCUUUGUACGAGUUUUACCUCUCACUUCGGAGAGGGUUUGGCUACACUUGA